AUGGCGAACAACGAACGGCGAAAAAAGAACGCGCCAAUGGGCAAAAGAAUAGGUCAUGUGAUACGACGCGGCCCAUUUCACCAGAUUAUUCGCCCAUUUCGCCAAAAUCGAAACCUCCAGGUGUCCCCCUUCUCACGUGUCUGGACCCGAUUUGAGUUCCACUUGUCUUCUGGACACGACACUAACUCGACCGCACUACACAACACAUCUCCAACAAUGCUUUUCGUGAGGACUCUUGUGCUGGCCAUGGCCGGGCUGGUGGCGGCCAAGCCGCCCGUGGAGGCCCGAACUGCAGUCAUUGUCGACAAAAACACCGAUCUCGCGCAGUACUCGCAGUUUUUCGACGACGCCGAACAUCUGCUCGACACGGUCACCGUGAUCGACGUUAAGGACAAGUCGUUUGAUCUGUUCACGUACGGGUACCAGGCGUACGACAUGGUCAUUCUGUUUCCUCCCCAGGUCAAGUCUCUCGGGCCGGCCCUGACGUCCCGAAAACUCCUCGAGUUCUUCAACAAGGGCGGCCACAUUCUGUCCAUCACCUCCCCCGAACACACUCCCGAGUCCAUCCGGGACUUUGCUCAGGAGAUGGGCAUCAGCAUGGCCCCCAAGUUCCACAAGCUGGUGGACCAUUUCGGUGAGACCGGCCCCAACCACGACUCUCUGACCCUGGACACCGUCAAUUCGGUCAUCAGCAGUGCUGAGAACGUGGUCUACUCCGGCUCGGCUGCCUACCUCAGCAACAACCCCCAGCUGGUUCCCCUGCUGACCGCACCCUCCACCUCUUACGUCUACGACUACAAGGAGGACGAGGAGGACGAGGAGAAUGCAGGCACCAUGGGCACUCCCUGGAUCACCGGCUCGCAGGGCUUCCCCGCUGUGGGCUUCCAGGGCAAGAACAAUGCACGGUUUGCCUGGGUCGGCGGUGAUAUCAUGACCAACGAGCAGUACACCGCACACCCCGGCAACCGACAGUUCAUGAAGGACGUGGUUGAGUGGGUGUCUGUGGCCAAGAAUGUCAUCUCGCCCGAGUACAUUCGACACAACCUCGCCGCCACCCCCGACGUGCUCAACGAAAAGAUCUACAAGGUCAACGAGGACAUCACCUACUCCGUGGCACUCACUGAGUGGGACAAUGUCAAGGAGGACUGGGUGCCGUUCAUUGCCGACGACGUGCAGAUCGAGUUCACCAUGCUGAACCCCUACUACCGGCUGACGCUCGAGCAGACCGGCACCACCAACUUCAGUGCCAUCUACUCCACCACCUUCAAAAUUCCCGACCAGCACGGUGUCUUCACCUUCAACCUGGAUUACAAGCGUCCCGGUUACACCUUCAUUGAGGAGAAGACCCGGGCAACCAUCCGACACACUGCCAACGACGAGUGGCCCCGAAGUUGGGAGAUUACCAACUCGUGGGUGUACCUCACGUCUGCAGUCAUGGUGGUGAUUGCGUGGUUUUUGUUUGUCGUCUUUUACCUGUUUGUAGGUAAGGCUGACAAGGAGGCUGUUCACAAGCAGUAG